AAUAAAUUCUACUCCCUCCACCCCCUAACUUUGUUCCUUUUUAUCUUUUUCGUUCGUCCCAUUAAGUUUGUCUCAUACCAUAUUUGAUAAUAUUUGUGUGAUUAUCGUUCAUCCCAUUAAGUUUGUCUCAUACCAUAUUUGAUAAUAUUUGUGUGAUUAUCGUUCAUCCUUACUUUAUUCAUACUUCAUCAAUUCAAUAUAAACCACAUCAUUUCACUUUUUCUUAAAAGUCUUGUCUCAUCUCUUUGUACCAAAAUGAGCAACCUUUAUCGGCCCAGGAUCCCUUGAAAUUGCAUAUACCCCAAUACCCCAUCACCUUAGGCUUUAGCUUUGUAUAUAAAGCAGUGUUUUCACGUGAAUCGAGUCAUUGAGAGUCAAAAAGAGUUCUGUCCUGCAAGAGAAAGUUUUGGUGAAAACUGAAAAGUAUGGAUUCGGACUUUGGACUACCCAGAGAACUCUCUGAUCUACAAAAGCUCCGAUCCCAAUACAAGCCGGAUCUUCCUCCUUGUCUUCAGGGCACUACUGUCCGUGUGGAAUUUGGCGAUGCAACCACGGCUGCAGAUCCCUCUGGUGGACAUACAAUAAGUAGAUUGUUUCCUCACACUUUUGGUCAGCCAUUGGCUCAUUUCCUCAGGGCAAAUGCCAAGGUUCCAGUUGCGCAGAUAAUUACGGAGCACCCGACAAUUAGGGUGGGGCUUGUUUUCUCUGGUAGACAAUCUCCAGGAGGGCAUAAUGUUAUAUGGGGUUUGCAUGAUGCAAUCAAAGUUCACAAUUCUAAAAGUACAUUGCUUGGAUUUUUGGGUGGUUCUGAAGGUUUAUUUGCACAGAAGACACUUGAGAUCACUGAUGACGUUUUGGCUACCUAUAAAAAUCAAGGUGGCUAUGAUAUGCUGGGGAGAACACAAGAUCAAAUUAGAACAACUGAGCAAGUUAAUGCUGCACUGGCUGCUUGUACAUCUUUGGAAUUGGAUGGCCUUGUUAUUGUUGGAGGAGUAACAUCAAACACAGAUGCUGCUUAUCUAGCAGAGGCUUUUGCGGAAGCUAAAUGCCUAACAAAAGUCAUUGGAGUUCCAGUCACAUUGAAUGGGGAUCUAAAGAACCAGUUUGUAGAGACAAAUGUUGGUUUUGAUACAAUAUGCAAGGUUAAUUCUCAGCUCAUUAGCAAUGUCUGCACAGAUGCACUCUCAGCAGAGAAGUAUUAUUAUUUCAUCAGGCUGAUGGGGCGAAAGGCAUCACAUGUUGCCUUAGAAUGCACCCUUCAGUCACACCCAAAUAUGGUAAUUCUUGCUGAGGAGGUAGCUGCAUCAAAGCUUACUCUUUUUGACAUCACACAACAAAUUUGUGAUGCUGUGCAGGCCAGGGCGGAACAAGAUAAAUACCAUGGUGUAAUCCUAUUGCCUGAGGGUCUCAUUGAAAGUAUUCCUGAAGUAUAUGCUCUACUAAAGGAAAUUCAUGGUUUGCUCAGACAAGGUAUUUCUGCUGAUAACAUUUCCUCCCAAUUGUCACCAUGGGCAUAUGCACUUUUUGAAUUUCUGCCUCCCUUCAUAAGAAAGCAGCUCCUCCUGUAUCCGGAAUCAGAUGACUCAGCUCAGCUAUCUCAGAUUGAGACAGAAAAGCUUUUAGCUUUUCGUGUAGAAGAAGAAAUGAACAAACGAACAAAAGAAGGAAAGUAUACGGGGAAGAAAUUCAAUGCUAUUUGCCAUUUCUUUGGUUAUCAAGCUCGCGGAUCUCUGCCAUCAAAGUUUGAUUGUGACUAUGCUUAUGUUCUUGGCCAUGUCUGCUACCAUAUUUUGGCUGCUGGCUUGAAUGGUUAUUUGGCAACUUUAACUAACUUGAAGAAUCCUGUGAAUAAGUGGCGCUGUGGUGCUGCUCCAAUAACUGCUAUGCUGACGGUUAGGCGUUAUGGUCAUGGUCCUGCUGCUUCAUCCUUUGGAAGGCCUGCUCUUCAUCCUGCUACUGUUGAUUUAAGAGGAAAAACAUAUGAGCUUUUGAGACAGAAUGCCACGACGUUCUUGUUAGAUGAUGUGUACAGGAAUCCAGGACCUCUUCAGUUUGAUGGCCCAGGUGCUGAUGCAAAGGCUUUAACUCUUUGUGUCGAGGAUCAAGAUUACAUGGGCCGUAUCAAAGAGUUGCAGGAAUAUCUUGAUAAGGUACGCACAAUCGUGAAGCCAGGCUGCACCCAGGAUGUGCUGAAGGCAGCUUUGAGUGCCAUGGCUUCUGUAACAAAUAUUCUCUCAGUAAUGUCAAAUGGCGGGAACACGAACUUCUAAACAAAUAGCAGGGCAGAGUUGGUCUAUCUUCAAGAAAUUUUGUGGCACACCACAAUUAUCAAGCAUUCACUUUAGGCUAUAGGUGGUGGAAAGCAAUUAGACUUUGGUGUUUGAGUGUGUCCUCAGUCCAAGACUUUUAGGCUCCGUCUUUUGAACCCUGAAAUUUUGAGUUGUGAAGAAAAUGAGUGGAUUAUAUCUGCGUUGUGACUUGUGAAGAAUAAUCCCUGUUUUUUAUAAUAAUUUAUUAGUAAUAAUAUUUAACAUUGGAAAUAAUGGUGUUGCUCCUGUUUGUAUAGUUGUUGUGCUUGCCCCCAUUAGUUGAUCUCAGCCAUAUGUAGGGGUGGGCGUGGUCCGGUCUGCUCCAAUAUUUUACUGAACUCGUACCCGGUUCUUAAUCAUUUAAAGGCUACUCACUUCUCGGUUCUUAUUAAUGGCACACCAAGGCGUUUUUUCCAGCCACAUAGGGGUGUGAAGCAAGGGGAUCCUUUAUCCCCCUACCUCUUUAUCCUGGCGACUGAAGCUUUCUCUAGGGGAUUGAAGAGACUGGUAGAUGAAAAUAGAAUAAAACCAUUCUGGAUUGGGCAAGCUGGAUAUUCAGUUAGCCAUCUCUGUUUUGUUGAUGAUAUUUUGGUUUUUCUAAAUGGGGAUGCUAGGUCUAUUUCAAAUUUCAAAAGGUUUUUGGCACUGUAUCAAAGGGCAUCAGGCCAAUCUGUUAAUUUUGAUAAAAGUAGUUUUGGAAGUGGUAAGACUUCCUUGGCUAGAAUCGGAAACAUGGAGAGACUUCUGGGGAUGACAAAAACUAGCAUGCCAAUGAGAUAUAUGGGAUCAGCCCUGCACAAAGGUAUAAACAGGAAGGAUUACUGUCAGGACAUUCUUCAAUCCUUUGAUAAAAAGUUAACUACUUGGAAGCAAAAAAAUCUCAACUUUGAUGGGAGAAUUAUUCUCAUUAAGCAUGUGCUUAAUACCAUUCCUCAUGAAUGACCUUGGUGCCAGAUACACCAACAUGGCAAAUGGGGCUAGACAUCUGUGGCUCUAUGACUUUAUCAACCUUAGCAACUUUGGUGCUAGGCCUUACAGAAGGGGACCCAAAAGAGGGGAAAGCAUUUGAUCAAUAUCAACAACCUUUAGAGAAGUUUGCAUUUUCAGAAGGCUAAUGUAUCUGAUCUCAAAAUGCUUAAUUUCUCUUAUUCUAUCAAGAAAAGAAACAUUUUCA